AUGGCUGGUCGUCACCGGCGAAUAUUCGAAUUAAAGUUGGACGAGUUGGACAAAGUUGUGAAUGAAACAGUUGAUGCUUCCUGCACUUUGCAUGCUUGUGAUUGCCCAUGCACACAAACAGUAAAUUCUGAAGUUGGAGACAAGAAGAUCUUAGUCAGUUGGACAGAACCUAAGCCUAGAUGCCCGGCAACACCAAAUCCCGCCAAUCCGAAACUUAUUGGCUUGUUUUCUAUUGGUAUUUACACGCUGUACUACUAUUACACGUACAGCGACAAGUAUGGAACAUUUGGCAUCCAAUGUCAUGUAAUUGCUGUCACAGCUUAUAUAACGCUGAGGUUACAAGGAUCUUUAAGUAAAAAUGGAACAGGACGUGUUGAAGUAUUCUUCAAUAGACAAUGGGGAACAAUUUGUGCUCAUGGAUGGGAUUUAAGAGAUGCUAGAGUUGUCUGUCGUCAACUUGGUUAUAAAGAUGCUGUUAGAGCUCCUUACGGAGCUCAGGUUCCCGAUGGUUCUGGACAGAUAUGGUUAGACGAGGUUGGAUGCAAAGGAAUGGAGAAAAAUUUGAUAAGUUGUUCUCAUAGAGGAUGGGGAAAACAUGAUUGCACUCAUUACGAAGACGCUGGAGUAGAAUGUGUUUCAACAGAUAUUCCAGCUGAUAUAACGCUAAGGUUACAAGGAUCUUCAAGUAAAAAUGGAACUGGACGUGUUGAAGUGUUUUUCAAAGGAGAAUGGGGAACAAUUUGUGAUUAUGGAUGGGAUUUCAAAGAUGCUAGAGUUGUGUGUCGUCAACUUGGUUAUCAAGAUGCUGUUAGAGCUCUUCAAGGAGGUCAGGUUCCUCAUGGUUCUGGACGGAUAUGGUUAGCCGCGGUUGGAUGCAAAGGAAUGGAGCAAAAUUUGAUAAGUUGUGUUGUUCAUAGAGGAUGGGGAGAUCAUUAUUGCAUGCAUACCGAAGACGCUGGAUUAGAAUGUGUUUCACCAGUAUGCAUAUGUCCUUGGACCCAAAUAGUGAAAGCAGAAGUACGAAAGGGUGAGACAAAGGUGUUGGUGAGUUGGUCGAAACCUGUUCCCUCUUGCCAGACCACAGCAAGCCCAGAUAAUCCCCAAACUACCUCUGGAUGGUUCUGUGUUGGUGAACACACUCUAAUAUACAAGUAUACGCGCAGUACCAGUUCAUAUAUUACUGAUAUACUAUGUCAUGUGGAAAUUCAUGUCACAGGAAAGGAUUGUGGUCGCACGGAUUAUAAUCAAAUCACUCAUGUUUGCUGCUGUGGUGAAGUUCACAGGAAGAAAUCUGACUUCAAAUGCUGCGGUACAGAAUACUACAAUCCUAAUAAUAAGAAAUGUUGCCGAGGAGGAAUCGUUGUCAUCUUUGGAGAACGUUGCCCUUAA